UCAGUAGAUAGAUAUACUCAAACACUGACACCAACAAAACAACCAAUAGAAACCACUCUGUUCUUCCUCUUCCACAAGAUUCCACUUCUUCAAUUCUACACAUUUUUCUAUAACACCCAUUUCCACAUUCAAUAAUUUCACUGAAAAAUUCUUUAUCUUUUACAUCUUCAAGCUCCAACUUUUUUGUUGAAUUCUGUGAAAUAAUUCAGUUUAUACAACACUAGAAGCUUUCAUGAAUAUAUAGAUUUGAUUUUGAAUAGAAAUGGCUUGUUUUUCUUUACCUUGUUGUACUGGGUCAUUUUUGACACCAAAUAGGUUAAAAAUUAAGUUUAAUCAAUGCUAUAAUUUUGAAAAUGGGUUUUUAUGGAAUAAGAAAUUUGAGUAUUAUGGUAGAAAAAGUAGAAAUUUUUCAUUGAGGUUUCAACAAAAUAGUGUUGGUAAUGAAAUUGAGCCACUUGUUAGUAGUAGAAGUAGGGAUGAUAGGAAGAGUGAUUAUGGUAAAGGGGGGCGUGGUAACAGGUUAAAGAAGAGAUUUUCGUUGAGAUUGCGGCCAAGGUUACGGUUAUUGGUUAUGAGGAUGAAAAGGGCUUCUGUUGAAUCUGUUUUCAAUGAGGUUGGAGUGUUUGUUAGGAAGAAUAUUAGGACGGUGGCGUUUGCUACUUCGUUUUCGAUUGUGUUUACACUUUGUUUCUUGUUUUUGAAAUUUACUUCACUUCCGCCUGUGAAAAUGGUUCCGUAUUCGGACUUGAUUGCGAGUCUUCGAAAUGGAAAUGUGGAGAAAGUUUUAGUUGAAGAAGGGUCUCGGCGUAUAUAUUACAAUACGGUUUCUGAUGAAGAAGAAUCACAACAAGUAGUAGAUGUUUCGAUGGAUAAGGAUAUAGACGAGGUUGUGAGUGAGAAUGCUGUAAAAUCUGGUGGAAUUCCUGUGUUGAAUAAAUUGAAGAAAUUCUCUAAGAGACGAGCUUCAGUUCCUGAGUGGCAGUAUUCCACGAGAAAAAUAGAUCAUGACGAAAAAUUCCUUCUUAGUUUGAUGAGGGAAAAGGAGGUUACAUUUAGCUCGGCUCCUCAAUCUGUGUUAGCAGCGAUGAGGGGUACUUUGAUAACUGUGAUCACACUGUGGAUACCUUUGAUUCCGUUGAUGUGGGUUCUAUAUCGUCAACUUUCUGCCGCUAAUAGUCCAGCGAAAAAGCGGAAACCUAAGAGUCAGACAGUUGGAUUUGAAGAUGUUCAAGGUGUUGAUUCUGCAAAAGUAGAACUCAUGGAGAUAGUUUCAUGUCUGCAAGGAGAUAUAAAUUACCAAAAGCUAGGGGCAAAGCUACCCAGAGGAGUGUUGCUAGUCGGUCCUCCAGGAACUGGCAAGACAUUACUUGCACGUGCAGUAGCGGGGGAAGCAGGUGUACCCUUUUUCACAGUAUCUGCUAGUGAGUUUGUAGAAAUGUUUGUUGGAAGAGGUGCAGCUAGAAUCAGAGACCUGUUCAGUAGAGCAAGGAAAUUUGCACCAUCAAUCAUAUUCAUUGAUGAACUUGAUGCGGUUGGUGGCAAGCGUGGAAGAGGCUUCAAUGAGGAACGGGACCAAACGCUAAAUCAGUUGCUGACAGAAAUGGAUGGAUUUGAAUCAGAAAUCAGAGUGGUUGUCAUUGCAGCAACUAACCGACCAGAAGCCUUGGAUCCAGCCCUGUGUCGUCCCGGUCGUUUCUCGAGGAAAGUAUUUGUAGGGGAACCUGAUGAAGAAGGAAGGAGAAAAAUAUUAGCUGUGCAUUUGAGAGGAGUUCCUUUGGAGGAGGAUGCUAACAUCAUAUGUCAUUUAAUUGCCACAGUCACUGAUGGUCUCGUAGGUGCUGAUCUUGCAAACAUCGUCAAUGAAUCCGCUUUGCUCGCUGCUCGAAGAGGUAGUGAAACUGUGGCAAGGGAAGAUAUAAUCGAAGCUAUUGAAAGAGCAAAAUUUGGAAUCAAUGAUAAGCAACUAAGGUCUAGCAAAAUAAGCAAGGAGCUAGGUAAGCUGUUCCCUUGGAUGCCAUCAUUGAUGGGAAGAAGUGAUAGGAAACAAGAUGACAUACAAGGACCAUUAGGUUAUCAAUCAUUGAAUUCAUGAUUUGGUUUUCCUGUCAAAUUUACUUGUACAUUUUUUUCCUUUUCAUUGUUCACACUUAUUUCCUUGUAUGCAAAAAGUUUUGUUCACAUUUAUGAUGUGCUCAAGAAAAUAUUCUCACAGAAAAUGAGAAGCCGUUGUAUUUAUUUAUAGGUUAAAUAUGUUAUGUACCUAUAAAAUGAAUUAGUUUUGA